AAUCACAAUUUGUCUGCAGGUGUUCAAACCAAAAUCACCCGUGUCUCAGUACUAAAGCAAAAACCAGAAUCGCACUGUCUUAAAAGUGUUCGAUUUCUCCAUUGUUUCAGCUUGAAGCUUAGCUUGAGCUCUCUGUGACUUCAGCCUGAAAAGCUGAGGCAGGAAAGAAUGAAAAUGGUGGAGAGCAGCGAGGAAGAAGAUGAUUUCCCCUCCAUGGAAACUGUCACUCCUCAGUCCAAGAUCGACACCAUCUACCAGUCCAAGACUGAAAAGGGAAUCAGAAAAAUCUGUUUUGAGCUUUUGGAUCUGAAAGAUGCAGUCGACAACUUGUGCAGUAACACACGCACAAAGUAUUUGGCUUUUUUGAGGUUAUCUGAUGAAGUAGUUGAAAUGAAGCAUGAGUUAAAUGAGCUCCAAAAGCAUAUUUCUGCCCAGGGGAUUCUUGUGCAGGAUCUAAUGAGUGGUGUGUCUCAAGAAUUGGAAGACUGGAGCCGGGCUUGCGGAGAUGUUCUGGAAACUGAGGAUAACUCUGGAGCUCAUGAAAUUGAUGAUGUAUUUUCAACUGAAGCGGAGGAUCAAAGAAUGCAAUUCCUAGAGCAUGUUGAUGUCCUUCUUGCGGAGCAUAAAAUAGAAGAAGCAAUAGAUGCAAUUGACGCCGAAGAGCGAAAUCAUCCGGAGCUGAAAGGAUCAGGGGACAGUACAGACAGUGAAAGCUCCUCCUUCAAGGCUGCUCUAUUGAAGAGAAAAGCAAUGCUUGAGAACCAGCUCAUUGAGAUCAGCCAACAGCCGUCACUUGGAAUUGUGGAACUGAAGAAGGUGUUAUCUGGUUUAUUAAAGCUUGGGAAAGGUCCCUUGGCACAUCAAAUAUUUUUGAAAUCUUAUGGAUCACGCCUCCAGAGAAGCAUAGAAGAUUUUCUUGUUCUCUGCCCUUGCUAUCCUGAAACAUAUUCAGCCACAUUAUCUAACCUUGUCUUCUCGAUGAUUUCAUUGUCAACCAAAGAAUCUGGCCUGAUGUUUGGUGAUAAUCCUGUUUAUAGUAAUAGAAUUGUUCAAUGGGCGGAAUGGGAAAUAGAAUCUCUAGUCAGAUUGGUCAAGGAAAAUGCUCCGCCUUCUGAGACAUCUUCUGCUUUACGUGCAGCUAGUGUAUGUGUUCAGGCCAGUCUUAACCACUGCUCUGCCUUGGAAGCGCAGGAUCUGAAGUUAACAAAGUUGCUUCUUGUGCUUUUGCAACCAUACGUUGAAGAAGUCCUGGAAUUAAAUUUCCGAAGGGCGAGAAAAGUGGUUCUUGAUAUGGGUGGAGGUGAUGAGAGCAUGCCUUUGUCACCACGUUUUGCAUCUCCUCUUUCUACCUUUGCAACAUCAUCUGAUCGUAUGCUUGUUGACUGCGGAAUGAGAUUUAUCUUUGUUGUUAAGGAGAUUGUUGAGCAGCUAACUCGCUUGGUCAUCCUGCACUUUGGAGGAAACAUAUUGACAAGAAUUGCACAGCUUUUUGACAAGUAUGUUGAAGUCUUGAUAAAAGCCUUAACCGGCCCCACUGAAGAUGACAAUCUGACCGAGCUAAAGGAGCCUGUGCCUUUUAAAGCCGAGACAGAUUCGCAGCAGCUUGCGUUAUUGGGAACUGCCUUUACUAUCGCUGAAGAGUUGUUGCCCAUGGUAGUGUCCCGAAUUUGGAAUGUUUUGAAUGAAAGCAAAGAAGCAGGGGGUGGACUAGCGGACAAUGUAUUGCCUCCUGUUAACAGUACUGUUGAUCCUAAAGAUUGGAGACGCCAGCUUCAGCAUUCUCUGGACAAACUUAGAGAUCAUUUCUGUCGACAAUAUGUUUUAAGUUUCAUUUAUUCAAGAGAUGGAGAGACUAGAUUAGAUGCACAGAUAUAUUUAGGUGGAAAAGGACAGGAUUUGAUCUGGGACUCUGAUCCUCUCCCAUCAUUGCCAUUCCAGGCAUUAUUUGGGAAGCUGCAGCAACUAGCAGCUGUGGCUGGAGAUGUUCUGUUAGGAAGAGAGAAAAUACAGAAGGUUUUACUGGCUAGGCUGACAGAAACAGUGGUGAUGUGGUUAUCUGAUGAGCAAGAAUUUUGGGGUGUUCUGGAGCAUGAUUCAGCUACGCUUCGGCCAGUGGGGUUGCAGCAGUUGGUACUUGAUAUGCACUUCACCGUUGAAAUUGCACGGUUUGCUGGCUAUCCAUCCAGGCAUGUCCAUAAGAUAUCAUCAGACAUAAUUGCUCGUGCAGUGAAGGCAUUCUCUGCUAGAGGAAUAGAUCCACAAAGUUCUCUUCCUGAGGAUGAAUGGUUUGUCGAAACUGCUAAAGGAGCCAUAAACAAGCUUCUUAUGGGAGGUUCGGGAUCUGAUACAUCAGAGAUUGAAGAUGAUGAUGAUGAUGAUGAUGAUGAUGAACACAUCAUAAUGGAUGAUGAGGUCAUCUCAGAUUCGGAUGAUUCUCCUUCGUCCCUCUCAAGUGUAGAUAGCGAAGAGUCUUUUGCUUCUGCACGAAUGGAAGAAUUGGAAAGCCCUGUCUUAACCGAUUCUGAGAAUUGAUAUGGCUACCUAAUUCAAUUAGUUAAAUUUUGGCAACAUACUCUGAAAUGUAAGAUUAAUGAUGAGAUAUGUAGUGUAAGUUGAAUCA